GGUGGGACAGAAAUGGAACAGCAACAAAGUUGGAGGCAAUAAACACAAACAUAAAUUUAGGCUUCUUGGAAGUGUCGUGGCACGUUGGAAUGAGUGGAAACCAGGCUUGAACUUCAUUGUUUCAGCUCCCACCUAACACUGGGUAUAAAUACAGAGGUUCAUCUUUUCCUCUCACAACAGGGCUCCGAAUCAAAGACUGCUCUCAGGCGAGGUUGGCUGCUGCUGCUGCACACUGAAAUCAGAACUAUCCAUAAGAAUAGAGGGAUUUACUGACUUGCCUUGGGAAAAUGGAGCUGCAGAUUGAACGUGUUCCUACGGGAGAAAUCAUCCGCGUGGUGGGGCACAAGGCAGAGCGCAGGACUGGGUUGGGAGCCAACGGCAUCCGGCUGAGCAUGGAGAGCGCUCUGACCGCCCGCGACCGGGUGGGGGUGCAGGACUUUGUGCUGCUGGAGAACUUCACCAGCGAGGCUGCCUUCAUUGAGAACCUGAGGAAGCGCUUCAAGGAGAACCUCAUCUACACCUACAUAGGCUCAGUGCUGGUGUCUGUGAAUCCCUACAAGGAGCUGGAGAUCUACACCAAGCAGAACAUGGAGCGCUACCGCGGCGUCAGCUUCUACGAGGUGUCUCCUCACCUCUACGCCAUCGCAGACAACUCGUACCGGUCUCUGCGCACCGAGAGGAGGGACCAGUGCAUCCUCAUCUCCGGGGAGAGCGGCGCCGGCAAAACCGAGGCCACCAAGAAGAUCCUGCAGUACUACGCUGUCACCUGCCCUGCCAGCCAGCAGGUCGAGACCGUCAAGGACCGCCUGCUGCAGUCCAACCCCGUCCUGGAGGCCUUUGGAAAUGCAAAAACCCUUCGGAACGACAACUCCAGUCGGUUUGGGAAGUACAUGGAUGUGCAGUUUGAUUACAGGGGGGCUCCUGUUGGGGGCCACAUCUUGAACUACCUCCUGGAGAAAUCCCGAGUUGUGCACCAGAACCACGGCGAGAGGAACUUCCACAUCUUCUACCAGCUGCUGGAAGGAGGGGAGGAGGAUCUGCUGAGGAGGCUGGGCCUUGAGAAGAACCCACAGCAGUAUCACUAUUUAGUAAAGGGUCACUGUGCAAGGGUCAGUUCCAUAAAUGACAAAAAUGAGUGGAAGAUCAUGAGGAGAGCCCUGUCUGUCAUCGGCUUCAAUGACAGUGAGGUGGAGGAUUUGCUGAGCAUUGUGGCCAGUGUCCUGCACCUGGGGAAUGUCCAGUUUGCUGCUGAUGAGCAGGGGAAUGCUCAGGUCACUACAGAGAAUCAGAUUAAAUACCUGGCCAGGCUGCUGGCAGUGGAUGGCUCUGUUCUUCGGGAUGCACUGAUCCACAAGAAGAUCAUAGCAAAGGGGGAGGAGCUGGUGAGUCCCCUGAACCUGGAGCAGGCAGCCUACGCCAGGGACGCCCUGGCCAAGGCCGUCUACGGCCGCACCUUCUCCUGGCUGGUCAACAAGGUCAACAAAUCCCUGGCUUACAAGGAAGAGAAGUUUCCAGGCUGGAGAAGUACAACAGUUCUAGGAUUGCUGGACAUCUAUGGGUUUGAGGUUUUCCAGCACAACAGCUUUGAGCAGUUUUGUAUUAAUUAUUGCAAUGAGAAGUUGCAGCAGCUCUUCAUAGAGCUCACCCUGAAGUCAGAGCAGGAGGAGUACGAGUCCGAGGGCAUCGCGUGGGAACCAGUUCAGUAUUUCAAUAACAAAAUAAUUUGUGAUUUGGUGGAAGAGAAAUUCAAAGGCAUAAUUUCUAUUUUGGAUGAGGAGUGUCUGAGACCUGGGGAUGCCACAGACACGACAUUCUUGGAGAAACUGGAGGAGACUGUGAAGAACCACCCUCAUUUUCUCACGCACAAACUCGCCGACCAAAAGACGCGCAAGUCGCUGGGGCGGGAGGAGUUCCGGCUCUCGCACUACGCUGGGGACGUCACCUACAGUGUAGCAGGUUUUCUAGAUAAAAACAACGACCUGCUCUUCCGGAACCUGAAGGAGACCAUGUGCAACUCAGAGAACCCCAUCAUAAACCAGUGCUUUGAUAGGACAGAGCUGACAGACAAAAAGAGACCUGAAACGGCAGCUACUCAGUUCAAAAACAGCCUUGCCAAGCUCAUGGAAAUCCUGAUGUCCAAAGAGCCCUCCUACAUUCGCUGCAUGAAACCCAACGAUGCCAAACAGGCUGAUCGAUUUGAUGAAGUGCUGAUCCGACACCAGGUGAAGUACCUGGGGCUGAUGGAGAACCUGCGGGUGCGCAGAGCCGGCUUCGCCUACCGCAGAAAAUACGAGGUUUUCCUGCAGAGGUACAAAUCCCUGUGUCCAGAGACGUGGCCCACGUGGGAUGGGCGGCCCUAUGAUGGGGUGGCUGUGCUGGUGAAGCAUCUUGGCUACAAACCAGAAGAAUACAAAAUGGGACGAACAAAGAUUUUUAUCCGCUUUCCCAAGACCUUGUUUGCGACAGAAGAUGCUCUGGAAGUGAGGAAGCAGAGUCUGGCCACAAAAAUGCAGGCGACGUGGAGAGGAUUCUACCGCCGGAAGAAAUUCCUGACCAUGAAACACUCAGCCAUUAGCAUCCAGUCCUGGUGGAGGGGAACCCUGGGACGCCGAAAAGCUGCCAAGAGGAAAUGGGCAGUGGAGACAAUCAGGAGGUUCAUUAAAGGCUUCAUUUACCGGAACCACCCGCGGUGCCCAGAGAACGAGUAUUUCCUGGAUUACAUCCGAUUCUCCUUCCUGAUGAACCUCAAGAGGAACUUACCAAAAAAUGUCUUGGACAAAUCGUGGCCAACUCCUCCCCCUUCACUGUGUGAGGCGUCGCAGCUCCUGCGCAGGCUCUGCAUGCAGAACAUGGUCUGGACCUACUGCAAGAGGAUCAGCCCCGAGUGGAAGCAGCAGUUGGAACAAAAAGUAAUUGCCAGUGAGAUUUUCAAGGGUAAAAAAGACAAUUAUCCUCAGAGUGUUCCCAGGCUCUUCAUCAACACUCGACUGGGUAGAGAAGAAAUAAAUACUAAAAUCCUUCAGGCAUUAGAAAAUGAAGCACUUAAGUACGCAGUGCCCGUGGUCAAGUACGACAGGAAGGGCUACAAGGCGAGGGCACGGCAGCUGCUGCUCACCCAGAGCUCGGCCAUCGUGGUGGAGGAGUCCAAGAUCAAGCAGCGCAUCGACUACUCCAACCUGACAGGCAUCUCUGUCAGCAGCCUGAGCGAUAACUUGUUUGUGCUGCACGUGCACUGUGAGGACAACAAGCAGAAGGGAGACCUUGUCCUGCAGAGUGACCACGUGAUUGAGACACUGACAAAAACAGCCAUUCUGGCCAACAAAAUCAACAAUGUCAACAUCAACCAGGGCAGCAUAAAGUUCACAGUAGGACAAGGCAAAGAAGGGAUCAUCGACUUCAUCUCGGGAUCAGAACUGCUCAUAGCCAAAGCCAAGAACGGGCAUCUAACAGUGGUUGCUCCUCGGUUGAAUUCCCGAUGAUGACAAAUUCCCUGCUCCAGGACCUUUCCCUCCAUGGAAUUGGCUGAACCUUGCUCCCAGCGAACCCCCCUUCCUCGCUUUGCUCUGUUAUUACCAAAGACCUGCACUUUCAGAACAACCACAAAAUACAUCCUUGCUCUCUUGUCUUACUCUCAGAGUCCCAAACAAAGGCCUUCUCCUCUCCUCCUUACCCGACUGAACGUGGGGUCCAGCACAGCAUCUCUGCAACCACAGCUCGGGACCUUCAGCUGGGCUUUGAGGGAGAGUUUAAAAGCCCUGAUGGAAAUGACCAAAAUUUGUGCUUAUCAUCACCAAAAAAAAAAAAAAAAAAAAAAAAAAAAAAA